AUAAAUGUUUACUAAAAAUUAAGAUUCAUUCUAAAAAAAAAAUACAUACACACUAUGAAUUUCUUAGUGACUCAAUGACAAUGAUAACAACAUCGAAUUGAAAAUUUACAAAAUUUACUGUUAAAACAAAAGUGUAUAAAAUUAAAAUUACAUAUGUUUAGUGAUAAUUGAAAAAGAAUUUAAAAAUAUAAUCAGUUUAAAAAUUUUAAUUUAGCAAUUAAAUAUAAUGAGAAAACCUGAACCUAUUUUAAUUGUAAUUUUUAUACUUUCAAGUAUUGCAUUAGCAAUAAAUGUGACAAGUAUUGCCACUGAUGAAUGGAUAAUAUCAACUGCAACAUAUUCACUCGCUUCCAAACCUAGUCUUAUUAAUUAUGGUUUGUUUGCAGGUUUUUUGGAAAAUUAUUUAAUUUCAAAUCCUUUUAAAUAUUUACUUACAGCAACUUGCAAUUAUAGCGAAGGAAAAUGUAUGUACAGUUGUCAUAAAACAUCAGAAAAACGACAAGAAGAAAUAAUAAAAAUAAUAAAUCAUGAAAAUUUAGAACCUUGUGAUCCGAACACCGAAAACUCAUUUUUCCAUUUCCAAUUAAAAAAUGGAAAUAUUAAAGAAAAAGCUAAUAAAAAAGAUUUAUUAAAUGAUAAUCAUUUUAUUGGUUCCGGUUAUUGGGUAUGCACUGUAACUUGUCUCAUAAUAACAUUAAUAUUUUCAACAACUGGAUGUAUUUUCUCAAUUAUAAAUUGCUUUUGGAGUCCAGUUGAACCUAUACUAAAUAUUUUUGGAUUAUUCAUAUGGAAUGGAAUAGCAGCUGGUUUUGGAUUUUUAACAAUGAUCAUUUGGGGAAUAUUAUAUGAAACAACAUUAAAAUAUAAUGUUGCAAUAACCGAUACACUAAGAUAUCCAGAUCCAUAUUCUUCAGAUGGUUUAUCAAACUUAGGAUAUUCAUAUUUUAUAUUAUUGGCUGAAAUUUCAUUUAGUUUAAUUAAUAUUGGUUUAUUAGUUUUGAGAAAUUAUCUAUUAAGUAAAAUACCACCACCAGUUAUUAUUGAUACAGGUGUUGAUACAAUGUUAACAUUUUAUUAAAUUAAAUUUUAAUAAAUAUAAAAUCUUA